AUGAGCGUAACUGGAAUCGUGCCCUCCCCGAUCCUCCUUCCCCGCGUCGGCGACCCAAAGCGGGAGCAGUGCACCGUGCGACGUUGCAGCGUCGAUCUCGAUGCGGAAGGCAAGCCCCUCACCCGUGGUGUCAUCGCUGGCACCGGUUUGGGCGGUUCAUCGGCGCCGUCUUACGAAAAAAUCACCCUCGGCAUCUUUUGGAUGGCUGGGGAUGGCAUAGGUGUUCAUCGAUCCACCAUGCACGUCAAGUCCCUUCUCGCCCUCGGCUCCCUCGCGGCCCUCACCUCCGCCGCCGCCGUCUGCACAGCCAAACCCUGCACCGACGUCCGCAUCUUCCUCGUCCGCGGCACCACGGAGCCCUACCCGGGCCGGCAAAAGGCCAUCGCCCAAGCCAUCUGUGCCGAGUUCGACAGCUGCGACUUUGAAAACGUCCAGUACCCCGCCAGCUACAACACCUACUGCGCGUCCGCCGCGGCGGGCGUCAGCGCCACCGUCGCCGCCGUGCAGCGUUACGGGCAGAGGUGCCCCAACUCCAAGAUCGUGCUGUCCGGCUGGUCGCAGGGCGCGCACGUCGUCGGGGACGCGUUGGGCGGGGCGGCCGAGAUGGAGUGGAUCUGGAACAGCUGCACGCAGCCCGUUAUCGCUGCCCUCAUGUGGGGAUCCCCUAGACACAACAAUGGACAGGUGUACAACCUUCUCUCCGGCCAGGAAGUGAAUGGCCUGGGCCCGAGGAACACGACCGAACUGGCCAACCUGAACAAGUAUUCGGAUGCCCUUCGUGACUACUCGUCUUCCCAAAACAAGCAGCUGGGCUCCAAACUGAAGCCGUGCCUGCUCUUGCCGCAUUCUGGUGAUACCAUGUGUGGCGUGAGCUAA